AGACGUCCUAUACACAUUCGUUGAACUUGCCAACGUACUUCCAACAGGCUUAUAAUUUGUAGCCAUGUUGCUCAACCUUUGGUUGUCGUUAUUCUUCCUUCCGUUUGCGUUCGCCCAAUUCCAAUUUUUUGAGCAAAUGUUCGGGCAGCCUCAUCCAGGCCAGCAGCAUGGCCAAAGACAAGCACAGUACCCCGGACAAUGGGCUGCACAAGCUGAAGCUGUCCCUUGUUCCGAAUACCUCUGCCCUGGUACACUCAAUUGCGUCCCUAACCCAUCACAAUGUCCUUGCCCCGAUGUACAAGAUAUCAAAUGCCUAGUUCCAGAUGCACAAGACAAGGAUGGUGCGACUGUUGUUUGUGUACGCGGUGCGCAUGAAUGUUCGGAAGUGAAGCUUUUGGCUGGACUCUACAGCAAGUAGAGUGGACAAUCGGAGCAACACUCUGUAGCGACUCAUAUUGUACCAGCAUUGUAUCUUUUUGGACGCGAUUGAAGGACUCUUUUCAUUCAUAGCAGUGCGGAGAUGAUACUAUGGUGUCUCCUUGAUGCCGGAGAACGCUCUCUUGUAUUGUUUCUCCGUUAGGAGUCGGAGUGCCAUUCGUAAAUUGCAUACCUGCUUAACGCUUAACGCUUGAUUCACAAUCGGCCUUCUUCAUGGAGGUUAUGAACCGUCAUGCAAUGCAGUCGCUGGAGCUCGGUACUCAGAGUUCACUCACUUUAUUUCCGAACAUGACAUUC